AUUGUGACUUCCAAUGCACCACUAACAUAUCCAAAAGAUUUAUCUACUGAUCUUUUUGCAGUCAUAGAUGCUGGUUUUGCACGUAAUCCAUUUGGUCGUCCAACAGUUAAUCAAUUAUUAAAUUAUACUGUAUUUGCAUGUCUUAUUGAUCAACAACAAUUGAAUACUAUGUGUUUAGAAGAGAAUAAUCCACUACUUAUAUCAUCAUCAAUGCCAGCAACAGCUUUCAGUGUCACAAAAAUGUAUGAAAACAUUGAUAAAUCGUUGAAAUGUCAACUGAACUUAAUGAAAUACAAUAGAAAAUCUUCAUUCAAAGAUCAAAAAUUAUUGAAAAUAUUUCGAUGGAAUAAAAUUAAUUCUUCUGUGAAUCAUAAAAAGAUGGUUGUAGUUGGAGAAGUUGAAAAUGAACAAAAUUAA